GCAUACAAAGUCAGAGUUCAAGUGAGUUUAGUACAAAGAGUACAAUUUUGAACCAGUUUCUGACAUGUCGUUAAAAUCUCAGCCGACCUUUACCACACCACGUGCUGUGGCUGUGCGUAAAUAUCUAGACCGCCACACUGAGCCCUGGUUCCUCAGGAUAGAGGACAGGACGUCAGGUGGGCGAAUCAAGAACUCCAAACAAAAGGAUUGUGCCACAGAAAGACUGGAAGAAGCUUCCAAAAGAAGCAAGGACAGCAAAAGUCCAACUCCAGGCCUCAGCCAUCUUGUCUUGGAGAAGUCUGCUUUCAGAAAGAAGAGCAGCAAACGAAAGUCAAGCAGCGAUGGAACAAAACAACCACCCAGUAAAAAGAGCAAGACAUCAAGCUCACAGGAGGAGGCCAGCUGCUCCGUCUAUGAGACAGAUACACCUUUGCCCAGCGCAUACAAAAGUCACAGUAUAGAGGACUUUGAAGAAAAAUACGAAGAGCAGGAUAAGCUGGGUGAAGGAGGCUUUGGGACUGUCUUCUUUGGAAAACGCAGAGAAGACAAUUUCCCAGUGGUGAUUAAGCAUGUUGCUCACGUUUUAGUCAGCUACCAACCAGUGCUUCUUAAUGGUAAAAUGACCAAGAUUCCCAAGGAGGUGGCAUUGCUAAUAAAAGUGGGGGCAGGACCAGAGGCUACAAGCAGCAAUGUGACGCCUGUUUUAAUCGACUGGUAUGACUUGGAAGACGAACUCAUUAUGGUCUUUGAAAGGCCAAAAGAAAACAUAGACUUGGAAGCCUACCUGGCAAACAGAAGAACCUUUGUGCACGAGAGGGAGGUUAAGGUCAUAAUGAGACAGCUGGUACAUGCAGCCGCUGAAAUGCAAUCCAAGGGUGUCUUCCAUCGAGACAUUAAGCCAGACAAUAUUGUGUGUGACACAUCGCCUGAUCAUCCACCAUUUCAAUGUGUCAGAUUCAUCGAUUUUGGCAUUGGAGUCACUUUUAGACCAGAAGCAGUCACACGAAGAAAUGGGACCAAAUCACCUGCUCCAAACUGGCAGGACUUUAAUGCCACCACAGCAGACUGCGUCACAGUUUUGCAGCUGGGUACGGUGAUGGAUUGGCUGGUACGUCACAUCAUCCCUGAUGACAACAACACAUCUGAGAUGCGCACUGACAUUUCAGAGGAUUGCAAGUGUUUUCUGUUGGGUUGUUACUGUCAGAGCCAUGAAGACCGUCUCACCCUAGAGGAAGUUCAGAAUCAUCCCUGGCUCAAAUGAUGUAUUGAUGCCAAGCAAAACAGUGUUACAGAGCAGAAUCUCUAACAGAGAAGUAUUCGGUCACAUUCAAAAGCUAUGACACAUAGCUGUCCAUGUUUUUAUCAUUUCUAUCAUUUUUACAGGGCCCGCCCCUCUGGAAGCACCCCACAAGAGCAAGUGGACCAUGAGAUCGCAGUGGAACU